GCUCUAAGCGAAACAAGCAACUACACGUAACCGGCACAAGCGCUUUAGUUAGCACAUAUUACCCAGCAACCCAGCAACCCAGCAAUUUACACUCACAUAAAUACUUAUAUAUAUUUGGUUAAUAUCGUAUACACGUACAUAAUUGUACGUAGCACCAAAGAAGAAAGUGCACGAAGAAAUGUAAGAAAAGAAAUUCUCCUCGAACUGGAUAGAUACAUACAUACACAUAGAGGUGAGCGUAAGAAAAGUCAACUUUAUACCAUUUACAACUCAUAGCGCUUCAUAGUAUGAUGGCAUUGGCAUUGGCAAAGAGACAUUGGAAGCCACAAUGAUGAAGAGAUUGAAUUCCAUGGACUAACAAGUGGUCUUAUGCUGCGCCACAACAUCCAGAGGUUCAAUGUUUAGGUUGCACAUAAUAACAUUUCAGUUGAGUGGCAGCUUUUGACGGAUCUUGUUCUAAUUUCAUUGAGAAAUAAAUAAGUAUUACAAGCACUUAAGUGCUUACAACUAUCAAGGAAAAGUGUUAGUUUUAGCAGAGUAAAUAGUAAGAGCAUAAGAAGUGCAACUGAAAUUAAUAAAAGAAAAAUAUUUAACAAAAAAAGAAGUUGGAAAAAAAAAAUUUUAAAGUGAAUAUUUAGGUGUUCCUUGUCGAACGCUAGUUGCUGCAAUGGAUAAUCGUUUAUUUUGGAAAUUUAUAUGCCUCUCGCUGCUUACUGUUGAUAGCUCGGCGCAAACACAAAACGAUUAUGGCGACGAACCGCCCGAGGGUUAUUACGCUUUUGUUGAAUCGCCAAACGCUGUACCGCCGAAAGUGCGUCCUCCACCAUAUACGCAUGUCAGUGCGGAUUGCAAAAAUGUGGGUGGUAACAAAAAGGCUGCUGUAUCUGUUAACAAUAUUUGUGGUGAUUUAAACAAAGGACAAAUUCCACAGAAUCCAAUGCGACAAAAUGUACUUGGCGAGCCAUAUCCAUUUGAACUAAUACGGAAUCAAACACUAAAGUUUUUAUCGAAAACUCUGCCAGUGCUUAAAGCAGACGACACUCUACCCAAGGUGACACAAAUAAUACGCGACGAACCAGUCGAUCAGGUGGACAACAAUAAUAUCGACCGGCACUACAAUGCACGCGCGAAACGCUCAACGCCACCACAACCAAAUAGCCAGCCACGGAAUGAGGAACACGAAUUCAGCUAUUUCGAUCCGGCCCUAGACGAAGAACAGCGCAUUAAUAGUCGCGCCACCGAAGAACGCAAGCCACGCAAAUUCUGUGAUGGCGGUGGAGUCUUCUGCACUUUGUAUCGCGCCAUACAAGGUGAUACUUCGGCCACACCGCAAGCUACUGCAGAGCGCCGCGAAGAAAUCGGACCCAUACGCUAUGAGGGACCACCCACUCCCUGUCCGGCCAAGGUCGAAUAUGCCACACCAGUAUUUGCGAAAAACUACCAAGGCUUUUGGCGAUAUGUAGUACAAAUACCGUACGAAGGUUACUUCACACAGACCGUUGAAGUGACUCGCUGUAUACAAGCGCGCUGUCAUUACCUCGACGGUGGCUGUUUAUCCUCACCACGUUGGGUUAGCUUGCUUGUUGCGGAAAUUUUCUACCCAAAUGCAGAGGACGCUGUACCGACUACAACAACGACCACACAAGCACCAUCUGUACAAGACUUCCAAGCUUACCAGCAGUAUCUGCAAAAGCGUGCCGGUGUAGCUACUGCAUCUGAUGGUACUAACCACAAUAACCCGAAUGCACCUGAAUAUAACCAACACUGUGAUGGACACGAUGAUAUUGGUUGUUUCCAAGUGCGACUCUACUAUGAUUGGUUUUUAAUUCCGGGUUCGUGCAAGUGCUGGCGUCCAGACUACUUUGCUAAAUACGUGCGUAGAAAGUCUGUGGCGGAUUUGUAAAUCAAUGACUGGGGGUAAUUUGCACUCGCCCAUUUGCACUCGUAAAAGAUCACUUUGAGAGAGCAUUCAUAGAUAAUCUCAAAGUUUACUCAAAAGCAAACUUCCUGCCUAUUAGUCUUGCAAUUAUACAUAUCGCACCCUAAAUUGAAAACAGACACAUCUCAAAAUUUUACAAAUUUUAUUUUUUUCUCAUAAAUUGGACAUUGAUCCAUAAACAGUUUUUUGCCUCUCCUGAACAUUUGGGAUUUCUGAGUUGUGACUGCUUUUUAUUUAGGGUACGAUAUAUAAAUAUGUAUGUAAAUUUAUACACAUAUAUACAUACUUAUAAUAGCACACUCUUGCAUUUAUUAUUUAGUUUAAUUUAUAAAACGCUAAAGGAAUUAGUGAAGUUUCCAUUCUAAGAUUCCAGCAAAUGAAAAUUUUCACGAGGAGUUUUCAGAGUUCUAACUUCGCAGCUACUAAUACAAAUGAAUAACUCUUAACUGUAUACUUAGUUGUAUAAGCUCCAACUGCUUAAAAAUAGUAUUCUACUACAAUUACUAAUACUUAAUUUAACUAACUAUUUUUAUUUGCAUAUGUAUGUACUCGUAUCUUGCUAUAAGCAUUUUCUGAAAUACAUUUGUUUUAAGUACCUUUGGAAAAGUCUUAGGCUAAAAACAUAGUGGAGCGGCGAGCCAAGAGCAUCGGGCAAAGCGUCGAUUUCAAACGCAUACAUAUGUUUUUCAAUGGGAGAGCGCAUAGUGAAGAGCAAAGCGUACAUACACGUUUGUAAUUUAAGCUUUGCUCGAUGCUAGCUCUUCGCUUCGUCGCUCGUCGUUCUACUAUUGUUUAACCCUUAGAUGUAAUACGUUGCCUCUUAACCUAUAAAUGAAAUGUAUCUUUAUCAUAGACAUACAAAUAUGUUUACUUAAAUAUAAUACACAUACUUACA